UUGUGGCGCGCGUUUGAUGAGCUAGGCUAUGGCGACCGCUGCGAUAGGUCUGAAUCCUCUUCCCAAUCUCUCCCGGACGCCUCCACUCUCUUGCGGCGGCGCGGGCCGAUUUUGCGCAUCGAGAGCAGCUCUGUGGCAGCAAAUCGGUGGCAAAUGCGGUGGAUUGAGGGCUGGAUUCUUGAAAUGUAGCAGCAGCAGCGAGAUUACGACCGCGACAACGCCCGAUUCGUCCGAGGAGGAAGAAGAUGGGGAUGCUGGGAGCUGGAUACCGGUGGUUCCAUUCGCGACUCUGCCGAGAGGAGAGAGGAGGCUUGUGAGGCAGGAGAAUGAGACGAUCUUGCUGCUGUGGUACAAGAACGAUGUGUACGCUGUGGAGAACAAAUCGCCGGCGGAGGGCGCGUAUAGCGAGGGAUUGAUCAAUGCGAAGCUCACACCAGAUGGCUGCAUUGUUUGUCCCUCCACUUCAUCAACGUUUAGCCUCCAGACUGGAGAGAUCAAAGACUGGUACCCCACGAAUCCAGUGAUGAAGCUCCUGAUCCAACCGACUAGAAACCUCGUCACAUACCCCGUCAAGAUCGACGGCGACUACAUCUGUAUCAACACACAACAGCAGGCAGAGGACAAGAAAUCCGCCGAGAUCGUUUUCAGCGGACAGACAUUCGCGGGAAGAACAGCCUCGGAUGUUAACAUCGAAGAAGUUCGUAUGGUGGUGGAGGACGAAAACAAGCGGGUGUUUGGAUUCACGCCGGAGAACGAGAUCACAAACGGCAGGGCGGCGAUGAUGGGCUUCUCGGUGCUGCUAGUUUUCGAGCUCGUCACUGGCAAAGGGUUCUUGCGAGGAACGGGAUUCCUCGAUUUCCUCUACCAGUUCUUCAAGUGAUAAGAGAGAACUAUGUGAAUAGAUCGAUCGAUCGCGCUCGGUCACGAAUCGUCCUAGUCGUUUCCAUACGCGAAAAAGAUAGAAUUGAUUACUACAACACGAUUUGCCGCGAAAA